GAGGGCUCUACCGAGUUAUACUGAACAAAACGGUUUUUGAGUGGCUUAGAAAAAAUUAUGACUGAGUUUACUGAGUUGAUACCUGGUCUUCCUGAAGAGCUCUCGCUCGAGUGUUUGAGUCGUUUACAUUUCUCUACUCACCAAGUUGCUUCCCGAGUUUCCCGGCGAUGGCGGGAGCUUCUUCAGAGCAGAGACUUUUACUACCAUAGAAAGCUAAACGGGCAUACCCAUAAAGCGGCUUGCUUGGUCCAAUCAUUCCCGCUUCGGAGCGAACCCGAUAGGCCCAAACCGAGUGGUUUUCCUUCUUAUGCUGUGUCCGUAUUCGACCCGAUUACUGGGAACUGGGACCGGUUAGAUCCGAUUCCUAAAUACCCAGAUGGGCUUCCGUUGUUCUGCGAAUUAACUAGCUCCGAGGGCAAGCUCGUUCUCAUGGGUGGGUGGGACCCCGCGAGUUAUGAACCGGUCAGGGAUGUGUUUGUUUAUGAAUUCACGAGACGGAGUUGGAGAAGAGGAAAGGAUAUGCCAGAGACCCGGUCGUUCUUCGCCGUCGGCGAGAUGGACGGCCGUGUGUUCGUCGCUGGAGGGCACGAUGAAAGCAAGAACGCGUUGAGCUCGGCGUGGGUUUAUGAUGUGAGGAGCGACGAGUGGACUGAGUUGGCUCGAAUGGAUCUGGAGCGAGACGAGUGCGAAGGGGUGGUGAUUGGGUCCGAGUUCUGGGUCGUGGGUGGGUAUCGAACGGAGAGCCAAGGGAGCUUUGAAGGGAGCGCUGAGUCAUAUGAUCCCGAAACGGGUGAGUGGAGGCGAAUCGAGGACGCGUGGAAGGUGAGUCAGUGUCCGAGGUCGUGCGUGGGAGUGAGGAAAGAUGGGAAGCUCUUCAGCUGGGCUGAGUCUGACUCGGGGGUCCGAGUUGGAACGUGUGGGAUCGAACUGGGGGCCCGGACCUUCGUAUCGGGCUCCGCAUACCAAGGUGGGCCACAUGGAUUUUUUUUAGUGGAAGGGCAAAAUGGUAAAUUGAAGAAGAUCGUAGAUGUACCUGAUGGGUUUAUGGGGUUCGUGCAGUCAGGCUGCUGUGUGGAGAUUUAAUUUUAUUUUAUUUUUUAAAUUAGGACAAACCUAAAAAGAGAGUGCUUUUUAAAAUUUUCUUUUUGAUAAAAAAAAAAUAGAAAAAUGUAAUUGUAUAUUAUGAAAAGAGUUCCUUUCCUUAGAAUUUAGAUGUGGCGAUGCUAUUAAAGUAUGUAAUCUAGAUUAUAUUGGUUUUGUAUGUGUGCUCCUAUCAAGGAAAAAAAAAAAAAAAUUGUACCUUUUUAUGUUAUAUUAUAUGUGAAAGAUUAUGUAUGAUA